AUGGCGCCGGAGGCUCCAGACCCCCAUAGCCUCAAGUCAUGGGCUGAUGCUUUCCAGUAUCCGAUUCCAACGGUUCGCCGUGUGGAGCAGGAACUGCGACGGGAUAUUGCUAGCAAUAAGGAGAAGCUCCGAGCUCUCGUGGGUACACGAUACAGAGACCUUGUCGGAACUGCUGAGACCAUUGUGACGAUGAACUCCGAGAUACAAGAGGUCGAAUCCAUUUUGGCCGACGUUGGACGUCGAUGCAACCCGCGACUGUUGGAGAAGAAGCAUAUUUAUGCGCGCCAAAUGAAAGGCGAUGCAGCGGGCAAAGACACAGAGAAACACGCGUUCGGAGCGCAACUUGCGCUUCUUCACCGUUGCACUACAUCUAUUUCUCGACUUCUUCGCCGACGAGCCUCAUUACUGCUUGUUGCUAAGAUUCUUGUUGUUUCCCGAGUGCUGCAAAACAAUCUAUCGCAGCACGAAUCGACCCCGCCGUUCCUCGACGAUCUUCGCAACCAACUUGCGUCUCUGCAGCGUACCCUCUUGAAACGGAUCAAUAAGCGCCUAUCAUCCGCAAAUGCCACGGAGGACAGCAUCAUCGAAUCCUUGGCUGCUUACUGUCUUCCAACAAACUCCUCUUCCGAUGAUGCCAUUCACCACUUCCAGAAGACGCGCCUAGACGUGAUUACCAGCCAACUGGAGCUAUCGCGCGAAAAUAUCCCCAAGGCUCUGCGACUUUUUGUUCGUACGCUACAAACCUCCAAGACAUUGCGGUCUCGGCAAUUUCCCGAUGUACUUUCGAAGCUUAAAUCUAGACCGAUUCUGUCAGACCCAGAGAUCCGCAGCUUAGAUGGGCUGGAAAUUGAUGUACUAGGCCGAUGGGUGGCUCCAGAGGUCAAUAACUUCACUCCUUGGAUCAAGAUGAGUGAAAUGAGUCGAACUCAAGGCCUGGAAUCGAUCAAGGAAUGGUCUCUGCAAGCAUUUAAGAGAUUCUCUGAAGGGUGCGACAAAAGUCUGGCGCAUAGCAACGACUUUUCCGCGCUGUUAUCUUUACGUGCCGAGACUAUUGAACUUUGGUUAUCAUCAUGGGGCUCGACAAUCACGCAUGGCUCCGUUGAUGUUUUGGAACGCCUGCGCAAUAUCUUCAACGACCAUCUCAAACGAGUCCUAACAGCGCAGGUCCAAAUCGUCGAUGAGAUCAGAACCCAAAUUUCAUCUACUAUUACUAGCUGGGAUCAGGCAGAACAUAACACAAUUGGAUCACUUUGGGAUUCUGAUCUGAUUGCUGCAGACUACUCAAACGGCGCAACAGCAUUCAAGCAGGUCAUAGCAGACCGACUUCUGGGCCGCGACAACGACGUCUCUGCCGUUCUUAGAAAGUACCAAACCUGGCUCUCGGCUAUUGAAGAACGAAGCGAGUGCAUAGCGUCUCUGCGCCGACUGAAAUGGACCGACAUUCUCGUUGGCGGCGAAGUAGAAGACGAAGACAUUGACAUCACGCCCCGUCUUAAUGAUGAUGACCCGAAACUUCUUUCUGAUGCGCUUCAUUUAGCGGUUAAUCAAGCAUUUGAUAUGCUCCAGACAUCGGUCACCGAUGCCUUCAAGGACUUUGGGAGUACUCACCAAAGCGCAAAAGCCACCUUCCUCCUACGACUCAUCCGGCACCUGCGACGAGAUAUUCCUUCUGGCUUUCUUGCACAGGACUUCAUGCUCUCUGGGGCCGUUGUUCCAGAUCUACAGAAGCUACUUGCAGCUGAUAUUGUCGCACUAAGUGGAUCAUUAUCCCUUCUACCUUCAUCAAGGACCCACCCUGAUUCCAAUAAGUUGAAGACUGUGCCUGGUCGUUCGUUGUGGGAGGGCGAGCCCGUAAUACCGGUACAGCCGUCUCCAAGCACCUUUAAAUUCUUGCGUCACCUGACUGCAACUAUGGAUGAGAACGGGGUUGAUCUUUGGGAUCCAUCGACUGUGAAGGUCUUGAAGGGUGAGUUGCAGAAACGGUUGGAGACUUCUAUCGGAUCUACGCUCAAUGAUAUGGGUAUUUGGAAAAAUGCAAUUGAAACCACGUCAAGCCCCGAAAAGAGUGAAGAAAAGGGCGAGAAGAAUUACGAGGGGGAAGAAAAUAAGGAAAGAGAUGAAUUCAUCGAUCCCAAGAUUGAGGAUGAUGCAUCUCAUGCUAAUGCCUUGCGCGACUGGAAGAUCCAACUCUUUUUCGAUACUAUCUACUUAGCGAACAUGUUAGGUGACCCGACCCAGCUGGCUGGUGUCGCGGAGCGCAUCCAAAAGAGUGCGGAGCUAAGUGCCGAGGCUGUCAAGAGCAUCCAGAAGGGAGCAGCGGAGUACUGGAAACGCACGGAGCUGCUAUUUGGUCUUCUUGCUGAUCGUUAG